AUGAGAGUUAAGAAGCCUAAGUCAAAGAGAAUGUCCACCCGGUUGCGGGAAGGAUUGAAGAAGAAGGUCAAUGCUCAUCACCGUAAGGAAAGAAAGUUAUCCAAGAAAGAUGUCACAUGGAAGAGUAAGCACAAGAAGGACCCAGGUAUUCCAGCUAGUUUCCCCUACAAAGACAAGAUCAUUCAAGAGUUAGAGGUCAACAGAAGGGCUGAACAGGAGAAGCGCGAGCAGCUUAAGUUACAGCGUAAGCAAGAACGUGAAGCCAGAGGCGAAGACAUGGACAUGGAUGAUGAUGAAGACGAAGAUGAAGACGAUGGAUCCAACGGAAUGGCUGCUUUAUUGGAGUCAGCACAACAAGCAGCUAAAGAAUAUGAAGGCGAAGAUAAUGACGAUGACGAAGACGAAGGGUCGAUGUCUGUGGUUGAAUACGACUUGAGUGAUGUGGAAGAUGACAACGACGACGAACUCAAUGAGUUAAGCAUUGAGUUGGAGAAGUCAAGAAAGGCGUACGAUAAGAUCUUUAAGACCGUGGUAGAAGCCUCGGAUGUUGUAUUGUAUGUUUUAGAUGCCAGAGACCCUGAAGCCACCAGAUCAAGAAAGGUGGAACAGGCUGUGUUACAAUCAGCAGGCAAGAGAUUGAUUUUGGUAUUGAAUAAAGUUGAUUUGAUUCCAACAGAUGUAUUGAACCAAUGGCUUAAUGUGUUGAAGCUGUCGUUCCCUACUAUUCCUAUUAAGGCAUCACCUGGCGCCACCAAUAGCUCAUCAUUCAAUAAGAACUUACUGAACCAAAUGACUGCCAAUACGUUGUUACAAGCCUUAAAAUCAUAUUCUGCCAAAUCAAAUUUGAAACGGUCCAUCGUUGUGGGUGUUAUAGGGUACCCUAACGUUGGUAAGUCAUCCAUCAUUAAUGCAUUAACUAAUAGACAUGGGAACUCCUCCAGAGUCGCUUGUCCCGUUGGGAACCAAGCUGGAGUCACUACAUCGUUAAGAGAAGUCAAGAUCGACUCUAAGUUAAAGAUCCUCGACUCUCCAGGUAUAGUGUUCCCCGAAGAGUUUAUCAAUUCCAAAAAGUUAUCUAGUGCUCAACAAGCUGCUAAGUUGGUGUUAUUAUCAGCUAUUCCUCCUAAACAAGUCAUUGACCCCGUCCCAGCUGUCACUCUUCUUUUACGUAAGUUUGCUAAGGACCCAAGAAUGGCCGACGGCUUAAAGGAAUACUAUAGACUUCCUCCGAUUCCCUCUGGUAAUUUGGACGACUUCUGUAAACAAUUGUUGAUCCAUGUUGCCAGACAUAAAGGUAGAUUAGGCCGUGGCGGUAUUCCUAAUCUUGAAUCUGCAGCCAUGGCCAUCAUUACCGAUUGGAGAGAUGGUCGUUUGAUUGGGUGGACAUUACCUAAGGCUUCCAAGGCUACUGAUGGAGAUGUUCCUGAGAACAUUGAUGGGCCAAAGAGUUCCUUGAGAGGAGAAAAGGAACCCCCAAAACAGGCACAGAUUACCGUAGUAACUGAAUGGGCUAAAGAAUUUGAUUUAGAUGGCUUGUUAGGUGAUAACUUUGGACUUAAUUAG